AAUUUUCUGUCAAGCUACUAGAGAUUCACCUAAGAAUAAAUAGUUUACAGAAGUGAGUGUUACUUGCUUUUUUCUUUCUAUUGCAGUGUUAUAAAACAUCUUUUUUCUUGCAGAAAUUUUCCCCAGGGAACCAUCAGCNAUAUGAUAGCUGAUUCUUCUCGAGGCAUCGCAUUUGUGUGCAACAACAUUGCAGAGUAUGGGGGUGAUCCUAACAGAAUUUACCUAAUGGGACAAUCAGCUGGAGCACAUAUUGCUGCAUGUGUAAUAGUGGAGNAGGCAAUCAAAGAGGCAGGUGAAGGAGAGAGUACAUCUUGGAGUCUUUCCCAGAUUAAGACUUAUUUUGGUUUAUCUGGAGGGUAUAAUUUAUUUAACCUAGUAGAUCAUUUCCACAGUAGGGGUCUUUAUCGGUCCAUCUUUCUAAGCAUAAUGGAAGGGGAGGAAUCCCUGAGACGGUUUUCUCCAGAAGUAAUGGUUCAAGAUCCAAACAUUGGAAAUGUGAAUUCUCUACUACCUCCUGUAGUGCUUUUUCAUGGGACUGGGGAUUAUUCAAUACCAUCAGAUUCCAGGUUUGUGUCCACCCGUUCUAAAUAUUUUCUAACAAUCGAAAACAGGAGUAUAUAUUGAGUGUCCUAUUGAAUUGUCAUGGUUUAGUUUUGCCGAGAUAGCCUAGAUGACCUUAUUUGGGGAGCGUNGUGACUGAUAAUUACUGAAUGAUUUAAUUUUCAAUGAGCAGCUUACUUUAACUUCAAGUUAUUGAUAAGCGCGUAGAAGAAACAGCAUAGAAACGACCUAUGUCAGUUCCUUGUCCCCCUGAAACUAGAUUUCAGCAAACAAUCAGUAUAGAAAGAAAAAAAAAUUAUGUAAGUGAUGUAACGUGGUGAUUAAGUUCAAUUGUACGAGGAGAUCUCACAAUAUCAAUAUCGUACUAUUUGAGUGUCUUAAAUUAUCUCCUGAAGUUAGUUUAUCCAUAUCUCUUGUUUUAAUUUUUUUGGGUAUAUCUCCAUACUUAUCUGAUCUCGUAUGACGUUUGAGUUCAUUACUGUCAAAAUGGGCAUACUAUUAUAAGUGCGCUGUUAAUGAUCAACAUAAGUUAUAACAAGCAUUAAAAAACCUACGGGAUUUUCAGUGGUAUAUGACAAACUUCAGAAAUUGAAAAAGUAUUCUCAAGUUAUGUGGUUGUUUAAGCUCUUUGAACCUUUAGGAAAAGAUUGCACCUUAUGUGGUUUUUAAGUGUGUUUUUUGAUCGAGUGAAUACUGAUGAAGUGUGAGGCUGGAAAUGGAAAUACGUUACAUUGUAAGCACUUUAUAAGCGACAAAGCUGUGAAGAGCUAUUGCUGUUAUGUGACCAUAUAUAUUUAGAAUUAAUUGAACCUUAAGAAAUAUUCUAACAAGAAUNUUUUCUUACGCACUAAACUUUGUUAAACUGUUAGAACCCGUUUUUUAAAAGGUUAAGUUGAAAUGUGCUCAUGUAAUGCUUUUGCAUGGGUUAUAAAGUAGGCUUUAAUCCUGUAUAUCCUUCAAUGGGCUACUAGAAGAAAUGUACCACUUUGAAUGGUGGGUAUUAACAUUAUGCAGCAGCGAAUUGUCAUUAUAGUGCAAGUAAUUCGCUUGUCUUCCUAUUGAAGCAUCCUCUUUAAAAAAAUUCGGAUUUUUCAGCUGCUAGACUUUGACUAACAUA